AAUUUGCAAAGGUUUCCCGUUUCAGUAUCAUGUCGGCGAAUGGUAUGUGGACUCGCAUGGGGGCGUCCGGGUCGUCUGUGGUCAUUGCGCCCAAGACCAUCUCGAAGGAGAUGGAGGAGAGGAUGCGCGUGUGCAUCGAGGCGUUCAUGAAGAAGGCCAAGCCAGACCAAGCCAAGAGCCUCAAGCUCGUGCGGCAGCACGUGGAAAAAUCCCUCUCGCUCAGCUUGACACAUCACAAGGAUGUUCUGAAGCGGCUGAUGCAUGGCAUCUUGCAACGCGGCCAGGCAGUGACGACGCAGCCCGAAGUCCCAGUGCGGCCAGAAAUCACAAUCGCGAAGACCAAGGCCACGUGGUGGAAGCAAGACGAGCGGCGCGAGGCGUUGUUGAUGGGCAGUCAUCGCUUGUUUCAGUUCGCAGUGGAGCACCCUGAAUGCGGCUUGGACGCGAUCCAAACUUUCUGCGAUCUCUCCUCCAUCAUGAACGAUCCAGAGCUGCAUCAGCUGCUGACUGCCUUCGCCCGCCAACUCGGCAGCGGCUACGUCGACCAGGACUUGCUGCCCGAAUGGACGCUGCACACCCAACCUUCUCCGCUGCAAGUGUUGGACUGCGUUUCAUCCAUGUAUACGUUAGAACGCAUUGGGGUGCAGCACUCGCGCAGUGCUGACUUGCGCUCAUUCCUUGACCAUGGCUCGUCGCUGUAUUCCCCAGAGGACUACUUUGGAUGGAACCCCGCGCUCGGGGUCCCAUCCUCCGACCCCGAACAAAGCGGCUUUCAAAAGAUGUCGAAUGCGUUGACGCUGCUCUCGUACGCCUACACCCUGAACAUUUCCUUGGGCUGCACUUAUGCUUCGGUACUCCACUGGCUGCCUUCGUUUUACCCGUACCAAGGGCCGUCUACAAUGGACGAAACAGACUACUUGGACCAAUGUUACUUGGUGUGCCGUUCCAUAUUGACGCUGACGAACUGGGGGUCGUUCGAACUUGCCGUGGAUCUCAUGCCAAACGAAUAUUAUUUCCUCCAAGCCCAUUUGGACGUGCAAAUCGGUCGUGGCGACUGCCACCUCAUUGGCGAGUUUACGCGGGCGUUGAAAUGCUUUGGCGCAAGUGUUGAUCGAGGGGUAGCGUUUGCGCUUUGCUAUCCGCACUCGUUCGUCCAAGUAGCACAUGAAUCCCCCGACCAAGUCGUCCACAAGGCGGCUGUGGCGCUGCAUGCAUUGACGGAACCUCAAUUCAACGGCUACGCCCCAGCCAUUCCCGACGCCCAAGUACUGGCCAUCUUGCAGCGCAAUGCGUCCACGGAGCAGCAACGCCGGGUGGAGAACUCGGCCACGUUCGAGUCGGACCUCAAGCGCAGCCAGAUGAAGCAAGCUCUACGAAAGCUCUUGGACAAGGCUGCCACCAUGGAUGUCAAGCUGAUUCCACUGGACGAUACGUUGCACCGCAUCCAACUCACGCUGGAAAGCACGACCGACGUGAAAGCGCUGGACGCGACCCUCGCCAUGGCGAUGCUGCAAGACCUGAACGCGAUGAAGCUGACGAUGGAGACGCUCAAGGAGACGGGCCUCGGUCGAAGUGUCAACAAGCUGCGAAAGCACCCAAGCGACCAAGUGGCGGCGGCCUCCCAAGCGUUGGUGGCCAAGUGGAAAAAGGAAAUGCUGGGCCAGUAGAAUGUCGAUAUUUUAACGUUCAUCAUACCUCAGAAACAUGCAAGGGAACGAACUACCACAGGGCAUAUUCCAUUAUGGCUCUUCUCAUAGUCUUAGGCACAUCGCUGGCCAACUGCAUGCCACGCACACGGAUGUGUGGUCCACAUCAUGCUCUGGUACAAGUGUUGGCCCAAUGCAACGUAACGCUCCAUCGGAAUUUCGUCGAUGGACGAUCGACGAUCAAAAGAAUAGUCUUGCUGGAUCUCGUUCGGUGGCAAAUGGGGACUUGUCUCGAGCAACGAGUUGAGGUCGAAGGUAAUGUGAGGGGGCACAUCCACUGGUUCUUUGGGCGGUGGCACACCCACAACGCUUAAUCCGUAGAGCAAUUGACUUCGAAUGAGAUGGAGCUUCAAAAGUGGAUCGAGGAGACUCGGCCGCUUGCAGACCUGUGGAGCGGGUUGUGGGAAUUUCGACGGGAGAAGAGGCAGGUGAAGGAAGCGAAGCCCAUGGGUCUCCGUAUCCAGGUCCACAUUGGCGGCGAUAGCAGGACGAGCUACGCGGGGGGCGAAGCGGCGGAUCACACGCGACAGCAUCCUUCACCAAAGGCCUUGUGCUUCUGAUUCAGGCUGCUGUACUGCAUUCAUUCGAAACACCUUCA